AUGCCAAGGGCAUUUCUCAUCAAAAAACACAGUCCUGGGAAAGAAAUAGUUGGCUUCAAAGGAAAACUACUUCUUGAUGAACCUAUAAAAUGUGACAGUGUCCCUUCAGACCCCCUGAGUGAGGAAAUAACACAAACAGAUGCCAAAGCACCAUAUGACUUAAGUGUGAAGAUACGGAAACCUGAAAGUUUAUAUGAAGAACAUCCAUCAUUACAUGUUCGAACUCCACCCACUGUCAUUGAAUUUUCACCAAAAAUUGUUACUUCAUCUAGUGUUCUGACGCCACCAAUAGGAGUUGCCAUGAUCGAUAGGAUAACGCCUUCACCUAGUCACCUGCUGAAACCUGUUGCAUCUCUGGAACCAUUGAACAGUGCUCCUGAUUCGCGGCCUUCCACAUGGCAGAGACCAGUUUUCACCCCGUCAUAUAUCCCAUUCAAUUUCCCUUUUAUACCGUUCCCGAGGCCCGCAUCCGAUUUUCACUCCGGUCCUUAUUUGGGGGGAACGGCACUCGUGUCACCCCCUUUGUUACCAUUGUCACCGCCACGAAUUCAACUGUCCCCCUGCAUUCCUUCAGAGCCUGCAUACUACGAGAAAUCCGCAUCGCAUCUCAAUCCAUUGGAUCUGCCCCUGAAGGAACAUUCCGCUUUCUUAACCCCAUGGAUUCACAAGGAAGGAUCUACUUCGCCAAUUUCAAGGUCGGAUAGUAGUGAAUCCGGCAGGGAUUCUAUAGGUAAUAAAUACAGUGGAGUUGUUAGCAGCUCAACAGGAAGUCCUGUAACGUCACAAGCUCCAAGGUAUCAGUGCGUCGAUUGCAACAAAAGUUACGCAACCUACAGUGGACUAUCUAGGCAUCGACAAUUCCAUUGCAUCACUCAAGCAAAGAAAGCCUUUAACUGCAAAUACUGCGAUAAAGUUUACGUCUCUUUAGGAGCAUUAAAAAUGCAUAUUCGCACUCAUACCUUGCCGUGUAAGUGCAAUCUAUGUGGCAAAGCCUUUUCCAGACCUUGGUUACUUCAAGGACAUAUCAGAACUCAUACUGGUGAGAAACCAUUUGCAUGUCCACACUGCAGUCGAGCUUUUGCUGAUCGGUCGAAUCUUAGGGCUCACCUACAAACUCAUUCUGACAUUAAAAAAUACAGCUGCAACGCAUGCAGUAAAACUUUUUCCAGGAUGUCUUUACUUUUGAAGCACAACGAUGGUGGUUGUGUAAAUGCCCAAACUCGUGCCAAUCCUCGUCUGUACCAGUAA